AUGGCGCCUCCAGAGUCAGGAGCACUGUACCCCUUCCUGGGCCUUGGGUUCAUCCCAAGACAAGAGGGCUACGGUGCUUUCGGAAGAACUGAAGAUGCGGUGAGGGGGGUGUCACACAGCCCCUGCCCCAGCAGCCUUCGCGAGGUGGGGUGGGGAGGCGGAUGGGAAGCCAGCUGUGUCAGGGAAGCAUUGGGGAAGCACCCGAGGCCGAAACGGGGGACCGGCCGACAGCAUCCGAGCGAGCACAGUGAGCUUUGCCGGAGCCGAUCGUCUGCCGACCCUUGUCCGGGGAGAAGUGGGGCUCCCGGAGGGCGCCAGCUGGCAGGCAGGCAGGAAGCGAAGGCGGCCUCGCCCGCCGCAGGAGGAGGGGAGCGGGCGGGCGGGCAGAGCCGGGCCCGGGGCUCGGUCGGCGGGGCGGGCUGCGAAACGCCGGGAUACUCACCGCUCCAACCGUGCCGCCAGCGGCGGCGACGUCCCCUUCGGCCAGGGAGAGCGCGGGCAGCCCCGGGGCUGCUUCGCUCCUCCUGCUGCCCGGCCGGCGCCGAGAGACGUCACGCGCACGGAGGAGGAGGAGGAGGAGGAAGGCGGACCGCCCCACGCACGGGGCCUCUCGGAGCAGCUGGGCUGGGCUGGGCUGGCUCUCUGCCGGUCCGGGGCCGGAGCGCCUCCCGCGGGGCGCCGCAGCUGGUUGAGUCUGCCCGACCGCCGCGAGGCUCUUGCGGUCCCGCCGGCCUCCGUGCGUUGGCUACGGAGGACUGGACACCCCCACCCACGCCUGUGUUGCUGCUGCUGCUGCUGCUGAUGAUGAUUCCACCAGUUGCCCCCACAUACAGCCCCCCUCCAUUGCCAGGCAUUGCCCAACGCAGGAAGGAGGUUUGGGAGCAGAUUUGGGGAUGUGGGCUGAGGAUCCGGUCUGGUGCUGGACUGAAGCCGCUGCUGAGUCCUUCCGUGGGCUGGGAACCCUAACCCUGCCCACUCCACCGCCUGGCCCCUUCCGGCAGAAAGCAGCCGCCUCCAAGCCGGCCUGGAUGCAGAGGCCUUUCUUUUGUGCCUCAGGAGUGGGGUGGAAGGAGGGAGAAGCCCCUCAGCUGUUGAUGAAAUUCAAUCUCACCCUAGCCUGAUUAUGAUAAUUUGCAAUGUGCCCCGAGAAAAAGUGAAUUAUUAUUAAAUGCAAAUAAAGCUAAAUAAUGCUGUUUGGGAGCCGCUCAAAGUGACAGAAAGGUCAUAAAUUAGGAGGAGGGAUGUGAGCUGGUGCAUGACGCAUGGCAGGAGCAGCAGUUGAGCCUCACUGAAGGCCCAGCUGGAUCAGGGCUGCGUGGCCGGAGAGGCUCUGGAUCUCGUCCCUGGAAGGGGCGGGCUGGGCCAAGCAACCUGGGCAGCGCAAUGCCCACCUGCUGCCCUCUCGCACUGGGAGGAUGAUGAGGAUGAGACCUUCUUGCUGCUUCUCAAGAAAGGCGCUGCGCUCAGCCUGGGGCGGGAUGGGAGACACGCUGGGGCUGAGCCCCUCUGCAGAAUUCACAGUCGCUGGGCAGAGUUCCUGAGGGUUGUCCAGAGGGUGAAGGCAGUUUUUGGGUGAGCACACACAAGUGCCUCCUUUCAAGUGCCUCCUUUCAUCCCUAAGAGCAAGAGGACCACACACACACACACACACACCAGUCUUGAAAGGACAGGAGGAGGUGUUUGCUCCUGGCAUCUUCUGGAGUGGAGUGGGAGGGCAGAGCCAGGGGCUGAAGCAGUGGUGAAAUCCAAAUUUUUUUACUACCAGUUCUUGGGCGUGGCUUGGUGGGCAUGGUGUGGCUUGGUGGGCGUGGCAGGGGAACCCAUACUGCAAAACCUCCAUUCCCACCCCCCUCCAGGGGGAAGGAUACUGCAAAAUCCCCAUUCUCUCCCCACUCUGGGGCCAGCCAGAGGUGGUAUUUGCCGGUUCUCCGAACUACUCAAAGUUUUUGCUACUGGUUCUCCAGAACCUGCUGGGCUGAAGGGAGGGCAAUUGCCCACCUCCCUUGGCCAACUCAUCCCCAAGCAAGUGCAAGGCUAACUGGCUGCCCUCUCCUGAACCCCUUCUCUAGGCCUUUCAAAGGCAAAGGGAACCACAGCUGGUGGACUUGCUCUGCCCAGACAGUGAACUUACCCAGCUAGGAAGGCAGGAACCCUCUGGCUGCAAUGGUCAGAGGUGAAAUCUGCUGAACUGCGCAGUGGUUGUGGAGCAUAGCAAAGCAACCACAUACCUCCCAGUUUCCCUAGCGCAAAGGCUAUCUGGCACUGGGCUCCAGAAAGAUCCACAACAAUGAGUUUUGAUGCAAAAGGUGGGCUAGUGAAGAAUUUCUCCAACGUUUUUAUGAAAACUAAAAGUUGACCUGUUUUCUGAUUUCCGUGAGCAUUUAAUUUCUGAAUAACAAUUCACAAUUUUUUAUCAACAAAACUGUAUUCGGAUUCUUCCAAGGGAGCUCAAUAACAGAAGGUAAGUAAAUAAAGCAUGGAAAAUGUUACAUUUCUAAAUGCCGACAUCUUUUUUUUUUUCAAUUACCAGACUUGGAAUUUGGGUGGAUUUUAAUUUCAGCCAUCUAACCCUCUCCCUGCCUUGCAUCUGCUAAAAUGACUGAAUGGGGAGCCGGGACCCUCCUGAUCCCAGGAUCCUGGCUCUGCUCACCCCCCUCUGAGCUGCAGAGGGUCCUUCCUGGUCUGGGUGUGGGGGGGACGUGGGGGGCAGCCUCUCUUGCCUCCUCUGGGCCUCCUGAGGAGCAGAAUCGCUCCCUUGUCAAAGCGUCUCCGAAUUCUCUAAUGGUCCUGCCACUGUGAUGCCAUGGAGGUUUUUUUGCAAUCUCUUACCAUACCAAAUCCCCCAGUGACUCCUCGGUUAUGUCCCGUUUUAUUAAAGCACCAUUGAACUAUAGCCUAUUGAUUUAGAUUUCACAGACAAUUGAAAUUUAAAUUGACUCCAAAUUGAAUGCCUCCAUGCAGCUCGGGAAGAAGACAGGCGCUUCUUUUGGGUGACAGCAAAGCCCCUCCACC